AUAAUGCAAAACAAGAAAAAUGUAGAAGAACGAAUCAAAGACCUCAUUAAGACCACAAUGCCAGCACUUCCGGUUAACUCGUGUGUAGAAUUUGUGACGACAUGUGAACCAGAGAGUUUGAGUCUGGGAUUUACGAGAUUCAGCGAAACAGAUGUGCAAGGAUCGGUCGUGGAAGGACUGGACCACAAUUUUCAAGCUGGUGUAGAAGCAGAGCUACUGAUUUGUCCCAAAACAAGCGAAGGAGAAAUCAGAAACACUCAGCACACAGAUCGUGUUGAAAUACACAUAGACCCUGCGGAUCAGGUGAGGAGCUUGGUGACGAGUGAAAAAGAAGAUGGAAAUUUCCAAGCAAAAUUUGUAGCGAAAUUACCUGGUCCUUAUAAAAUAGAAGUAAAGAUAAAUGGACAGAAACUUGCCAAGAGUCCAUAUUCUAUUCUGGUCAAAGCACGAGAAUUAAAUGUUAUAGGCAAGUUGGACGUUCGGGGAGAAAUGCUGCAAGGUCCUGCCGGUAUUGCAGUGAACAGUAAAGGUGUUAUUGCUGUGGCUGAUUAUGGAGGUCACUGUAUCCUGGUAUUUGAUGAGACAGGAAAGUUUGUGCGAAAAAUUGGUUCUUAUGGAGAUGAGAAUGGACAAUUAAAGAAUCCAGCUGACGUCACGUUCCUAAACGAUGACGAGAUUCUGGUGGCUGAUCAAGGUAAUCAACGAAUACAGCAGUUGAAUGUACAGACAGGGAACUUUGUGAAAAGCUUUGGAAAAAAGGGAAGUGGAGAUGGAGGGUUUAUGUUUCCUGUAAGUGUUUGUAUUACAAGUGAUGGACGUUUUAUCGUUGUAGCGGAGUUUGCUAACAGCAGAAUUCAGGUGUUUUCAAUGGAUGGUGAACCUGUGUUUAAGUUUGGAGACAGCGGUCCAGAAAGGCUGGAUCUUCCCGCCGACUGCGUUUGUUACGAGGAAAGGUUCUUUGUAACUGACCAUAAUAAUAACUGUAUGAAAGUGUUUGAUGAGAGAGGACAGUUUUUGUACAAGUUUGGAGAAAAUGGAAACGGCGAUGGACAGUUGGAUCAGCCGCAUGGCUUAUGUGUUGACAAACAUAAUAACGUUUUCUUAUGUGAUCGGGGAAAUAAUCGAGUUCAACAGUUUACAUUGGAUGGAACUUUCACUGGAAAGACAAGUUCAAAUAUUCAGUUUGGAUGGCCGUGG